UAUAAUAACAUAUUAUUGGAAUGAUAAAAUAUUAUGACUGAAGAAUUAACACACAAGCAGCAUUUUGAUGUUACAACUGGUGGAGGUUAGGUAACUAUGUCUGCUGAAUAGAUAAAUAAAUAAAUGCAAUGGAGUAAAUAGAACAAUAUGUCCUUUAUCUAUCUUCUUCUACAACGAACACAGUGGACAAAGACCUGUUGGGGAUUUGGAGGACUGGAGUCAGUCACCAGCAUGAGUUGGACGAAAGGCAGACACAGGUCGCCAGUCCCUCACGGGGAACUCUGUGGUCGUUGUAAGAAAAAGUAAUCCCGUUACUCCCACCAACUGAAAGCACUCACUAGCAAACUGGUGCGCAUUGCUAUUGGACGUAGCGAGGGUUGGACUCCAGCACCCCGUCGCCUGUUAUUAUAACACUGCGAGCGCGUCUGGCCACUCGCUCCUCGUUGCGCGCUGGAUAUGGAUAAGGACGCAGCUGCUGUCUCCCGCGGACAGGCUGCACUCUGCGGCGCAUAAAAAGGUGCCCAAAUGAACCGCCACCCUCCUGGCUCCUCCGGCGUGCAAUGGCUUAACAGGAGAGACAUGAGUGUCCGGACGGAGGACAGCAUAACCUUGUGCCAAAGGGCUCUCCAAAUCAUUACGGAACUCUGUCUCACGGGACACGUAGACCGGGAGAAAUGUUCGGAUAUAUUUCCCCUGGAGAGCACCAUACCAGGUAAAGGACACGCAGACAUCUCUAUUAGUCUCCUUGCUGUGGUCGUGGGUUUUUGUGGCCUCGCCCUGUUGGUAGUCUCUCUCUUUGUCUUUUGGAAGCUGUGCUGGCCCAUUUGGAGGAGCAAGGCUCUGUCAGCCCACACCGAAAAUGGCCUCCAUGUGGGUUUCCCAGAGGCGCCUCCUCCCAACUCCCCGCCGGUCACAGAGAGCAAAGCGGCGGAGGUGGAGAAGAAGUACCCUCUGGAAGUGAAGGUGAACGGACGGAGCACUGUCAAGCUCCUUGAGGCGGCCAUGAAGAUCAGUCAGACAUCUCCGGACAUACCCGCUGAGGUGCAAACAGCCCUUAGGGAGAAGCUCAGUCAGCAGGCUAAGAUCCAGAGGCAGACCACUGAACCAACCUCCUCCUCCAGGCACAAUUCAUUCCGUCGCCACCUGCCUCGCCAAAUGAAUGUCACCAGCUUUGACUUCAGCAUGGACACAGUGCCUCUCCGCCAGUCUUCUACAGUAAGCAUUGGAAGAAUAAAACCCGAACUCUACAAGCAGAAGUCUGUGGACUCAGAGGAUGAGGCCAAAGAGCCAGUGGAGACUUGCGGAAAGCUCAGCUUCUCGCUGCGUUACGACUAUGAGGAGCAAGCUUUGGUGGUGAGAAUCCUCAAGGCCUUGGACCUGCCUGCUAAAGACUUCACAGGCACCUCCGACCCAUAUGUGAAGAUCUACCUGCUACCGGAGAGGAAGAAGAAGUUCCAGACGCGAGUCCAUCGCAAGAAUCUGAACCCCACGUUUGACGAAACCUUCUGUUUCCCCGUGGCGUAUGAUGAGAUUUGCAACCGCAAGCUGCACUUCAGCGUCUACGACUUUGACCGCUUCACCAGCCACGAUAUGAUUGGCGAGGUGGUGGUGGACAACCUCUUUGAACUCUCUGAUCUUUCCAGGGAGGCUGUGGUGUGGAAGGAUAUUCAUGCAGCAACUACGGAGAGCGUUGACUUAGGAGAGAUCAUGUACUCGUUGUGCUACCUCCCAACAGCAGGGAGAAUGACCCUAACAGUCAUCAAAUGCAGAAACCUCAAAGCCAUGGACAUCACAGGCUCUUCAGACCCUUAUGUGAAGGUUUACCUGAUAUGUGAUGGGCGGAGGUUAAAGAAGCGAAAAACAACCACCAAGAAAAGCACACUUAAUCCAGCGUACAACGAGGCCAUCAUCUUCGAUAUUCCCCCGGAGAACGUGGAACAAGUCAGCCUGUCCAUCAUGGUGAUGGAUUAUGAUCGGGUUGGACACAAUGAGGUGAUCGGUGUGUGUCGCACCGGGCCAGAUGCUGAGGGUCUCGGACGGGAUCACUGGAACGAAAUGUUGGCUUACCCACGGAAGCCCAUCACACACUGGCACGCUCUGGGAGAGUGGCCCGGAAGAGCAGCAAGCUUUGAGAGUCAAGGUUCGUGUCCUUCACCCAAACCUCCACAGACACCUUGACGAUCACAGGUAGAAUCAUAACACCACCUCUGUGAGAAACCAGACAUUAGAGUUAGAGUUGCUGAGAAGUUAUGUUGCCCAUGAGUGUCUUGUGAGCAUGUUGUAUGAAAAUUGGAUUAAUUCUUACACAUUUUGUAUAUGUUUCUAGAAACAAGGUUGUGUGGAAAUAGUUUUUCUUAUUUCAUUUGAACACUAGCUCUACUGAGCGGGCUAUGCACAGCACUCACUGUCAUUCAGUUCAAGAGUUUGUUUGUCAUAUUUUUCAUCUGCUUUGAAAUUCUCAGAAAGGCUAUAGUUGCCAAACAGUUACACAGACCACAUGAAUGGUAAGCCUCACUGCAAGAAGUCCUCAGUGAUAGCAGCUUUAUCAACAUUUUCAACACCUUUUCUGGCCCAUAAGCUCUUUAGGGAGUUCACAUUUUACUUUGAAAUGGCACAAAGUUAAAGGGCUACACUGCUCGAUGUCAUCAACACAUUUGCUUGAUAAAAAACACACCAGUGAGUCUUGAUCCAGGUUUUAAGUGAAGAAUGCAGGUAAUUGAGCAUCUUCAAGGGCUGGGUAAAUCUCUCUUAAAAUUCAUCAGUCACAACUGUCACAGAUGUGUAAAAUCGUUCAUUAAGUAGCUGUUAUCUGCAGAUAUUAGCAAAGUCAACAUGACUCUCAGAUCUAGAGAAACUGUAGCAGAUACAUGUAGCAAACAUUAUGUACAGUGAGAUAAACAACAGUCAAAUCAAAGAGAAUGUGAAAUUAAUACAAUAGAUUUGUUUCCAAACACAUGGCAAGACUUUAAAUAUAACAAUUUCAUAUUUAUUUUUGCACACACCCAAACAAAUUCAGAACAUAACUGAAAAUAGAAGUAGUAGCUUACAGAAAUCAGUUAGACUAAUCCUCCUAUUACUUCUAUAACUGUAUUAAAUAUAAUUAAACUGUUGUUUACACUGCAAAUGUCCCUCAUGUUGAAACUAAAAGGUGAAUAAUGCUAAUGAACGAUGGCCAUUGGUUGAUAUUAUGGCUCCACGUUGUACUUUACAAAUUGGUUGUCAAAAGACAAAUGGAUGAUCUUUAGACUUUUCUUUAGAUUAUAUCAAUAUAUUAAUUAACAUCGUUGCUCUAAAUAUAUGGGUCCACCCAUAACUAGGAACAGCAGGCCUGUCAAGCUUUGUUUUUUUCCUUUUAACCCUCUCCAAAAUCAAAAUACAACACCUAAAUGUAAGGAAUUAAUUAAAAAGUGUUUAUCUGCUCUAACUUAAGCUGAAAAUUUUAGCAUGUCUGGCUAUUUACUGCUUUAAGUAGCUGCCUAGCCCAGCCUUACAUCCAAGGCCGGUAGCAUUUUAUGCUGCAUUACAUUGUGGGGUUACAGAGCAGAGUUGGAAAUCAGCACCAGCCAAAUGCUGGUAAAAUAAGAAAGAGGCUGGUAGAUUUCAGAAACAACACAAUUAUCACAAUGAUUGAGUUGCUUGUGAAUUUAUCAGUCAGUGGCUGGUAGAUGUUCACAUUUUAAAAAUCAUCCUGUAUGUGCGCAUCGAAUGCUUUGUUGAAGACGGGGUCCUAAAUGCUACUGUAUCGGAGUUUCAGCUUUGUGCUACCAUAUUGGAUCUGGAAAAGUUUACGUUUCACCAACUCCAGCCAAACUUGUUAUCUGAGACAGCAUUACAUUCAACAAACACAGUAGUUAGUCCUCGUUCUAAAAGCCACUUCUCUAGUAAAGUUAGAAACAUAAAUCUAACUCUGUCUUACUUGACCAAGUACAGGUAUGUAAACUAAACAGGGUCAGGUCUGAGCAGAACUUAGAGGAUGCUUAAUUGGUCAAACAACACAAAAAUAGAGUAGAGUAAUACUGAUAGUAAUUGAAUCUCAAUUCAACCAAACACCAUUUCCUCAUAAAUUACAAAUUCAGGGAACUGCAAUCCAAGAAGUUAUACACAUGCUCAAACAUUUGCAAAUGUUAUUUAUAUAUAUAUAUCUUCUUUUUUACAUCAGUGGUUCUCAAAACGUGGUCUGGGGACCUCCGGGGGGUUCUUGUGCGGGCUCCAGAAGGUCCCCAGCAAAAAAAAGAGAAUCAUCUUUUUUCACUGUAAUUCCAUAUAGUUACACAAUGACAGAAUGUAUGACUAUUUUGGUCAUGGGUUUCAAACAACUUCUGUAAUAAAACAUCUAAAAGCCAAAAUCCCAUCAUAUGGGCGACCCUGGGACAAAAUCUUAUCAAAUUGGUGUCCGUGGUCUAAUUUGUGUGAGUUUAGGGGUCCUUGACGUGAAAAGUUUGAGAAUCGCUAUUUUACAUUAAGCCAUAUGAAAUUAAGUUCAAUACAUCUAACAGAGAACGUUGACUCAGCUUCUCAUUACAUGUAAUAAGAAACUAAUAAGAAACCAACAUAGCAAAUAGAAAAAGGCUAUGUACUGUUAUCUUACUUGCACAUGCAUAUAAUGCUUUUUCUCCCCUGCACUGCCCUUAAUAUUAAAAAGAAAUAUUUUUACUUGUAGCAUGCCUCUCACCACUUUAAAAACAUACAUAUUAAGGAAUAGUGUUUCAAAUUUUUAACUUUGUGUUUACAUUUGUAUAUUCUCCAUGGCAGUGUUUGUAUAUUCAAAAGUGAAGUUUGAGAAGUUGUCGUAAACAUAUGGAAAAAUAGAGAAAUCACAAUGUAUUUCUAUUGUUUGUGAUAAUAUGAACAGCUCAGACUUGUGAUUGAGUAAAAUUUAUACACGUUCUGUAAUAAUUGUGAACAAUUAGUCAAACUGGAGAACCCAGUGAAGCCAACUCUACAUUAUAAAGUUAUUCCAUGUUUAGGAGUUUAGAGCUUUGAACUGUAAUUGUUUGCAUAUUGGUUGAAUCUAUAUCGAGCAAGAACAACUGCAACUACUGUCAUGAUGUGUACAGUUUGUGAUAACUUUUGUAACAAUUUAAAGUAAAUAUUUGGAAUAUGAUUUAUUGUAUCUGUUUCAUAUGUAUUUUAACAAAAUUAAUAAAAAAUGAAGAGUC